AUGGAAUACUUAGAAGAUGCGUCUCAGAGGAAGGAGGACGGGAAGUCAUAUGGAAUUGUCAUGGUUCUUGUUAUGGAGAACACUGUGGAGGAAAAAGGACUGCAGCCAAGGACAGCCUUCAAUACACCAAUUAGGAUGUCUCCAUAUCAAUUGGGGUAUGGAAAGGCUUGUCAUCUACCAUUGGAGCUUGAACACAAAGCAUUCUGGUCUCUCAAGUUACUAAACUUUGAUAACAACGCUGCUGGUGAAAGAAGGAUCCUACAACUACAAGAAUUGGAAGAAUUUAGGUCCCAAGCCUAUGAAAAUGCCAAAAUUUAUAAGGAAAGAGCAAAGAAAAAGUAUGAUAUCAAUAUGGCACCAAGGAACAUUGAAGAAGGGCAAAGAGUGCUCCUCUAUAACUCCAAGCUAAAGCUUUUUCCCAGCAAGCUAAGGUCAAGAUGGUCAGGACCUUUUCUUGUCUCCAAAGUCUCACCUUAUGGACACAUAGAAAUCAUGGAAGAAAAUUCACAGGAGACAUUCACUGUGAAUGGACAAAGGCUCAAGCACUAUCUGGGCAAUAUGAGGGAAAGCCCCAAGAUGAAGUAUAAGCUCAACUGA